AUGAAGAAGAAGCAUGACGAACAAGCCCCUCAAGCUCGCCUUUCCGGACCUGGUCCCGGCGUUAUGAGUCCCCCAACUUCGUACAAAUCGCCACAUCCAAAUGCGCACAUGUACUACCUUCCACAUCCAUGGGGUUAUCCACCAGUUCCAGGGCACCCAUAUCCAAUGCCACCACCAGCCCACUUCCCUGCCACAGUGCCGCCGCCACUAAUAGGCUAUCCAAUUCCGCAGGGUUACUCCUUCCCGCAGCACCCACCAGCUUCCCCAACCCAUGCACAUCGCGAGAAAUCGCAGGAGUCGCUGAGAAAGACAGUAAGGCUAAAGUCAGAAGACCAAGAAUGGUUCUUGCAGAAAAUGGUCGAAAGUCGAUUUCAAUACGCGACCGCCUCAGACUCGGCCAGGACCAAGUUCUUCGAAGAUCUAGCAAGGGAGGCUAGAGAGUCAAGAGGCCUUGUACUGUACGGGCCUGAUGUCCGUAACCGCAUCCAUCACAAUCUCUGCUCUGAGCGAAGACUCCUUUUAGGUAAAGGGCAGCUGCCAAGCUGUGGACCGGACGACAACAGGUUGCUGGUUUUGCAGGAUAAAUGGAACAAGAUGGUGCUUGGCGUAGCCGAACAGACGCCCGCAAGCUACAGUGACGCGCAAGAGCUUGGAAGACUGGAGGCUUUGGCCAUGCAGAACUUACUUCAUCACUUUGAUGUGUUGAAGGCUGGCGAUAGCGACGAAGCUAAACGGCUGGAUGCGGAGGCUGCCAUCUCGGUCCUGCUUGCCAAGGAUAUCAACAGCAUCAUACCAUAUAACAUCCAGACAAGGAUGAUUGCCUCUUUGCGUUCCACUUACUUUUUGUCACCACCAGCCGCUCUCGAGGAGGGACUGGCCAGAAAAAAGCAGCUAUGGGACUCCUCGUUGGAGCAGGGCCAAGGACCUAGAAAACGACAUCGCGAGGAAGAUGAAGGCGACAAUGAACCAAGCGGCACCAAUUCGGAGUCAAUAAAGCAGAAGAAACAGAGAACUUCUGCCAUUCACAGUCACAUCGAGGGCUUAGUGAGCGGUCGUCCCGGAGCUGCCAUGAACACCGCUCAGUGGGUCCAGGCACAAGGCUCCAGCAAGCCCAUCACUCUGGCAAGUCUUGAGCUCGAGUCUCGGAAGAAUCUACAGGCACCAGCUGGUGCUGAAGUUGCGGUGACAUCAGCGGACGAAUCCAGCUCAGCAGAGCAGUUAGAUGUAGCCGAGCAUCUUGAGACUGUAAGCAUCCACGACGAAGGUGAUGAGGAUGGCAUUAUAAAAAAGAAAGACUUGCAUGAGCUUGCUGCUCUUAAAAGGCUGCAAAAUCAAGACAAGAAACGUAAGAAGGCUGGGCAGAAGGCCAAGGAGAAGGAGAAAAAGAACAAGAAAAAUGAUAAAAAGACGACAAGGUCCAGAUCAGACUGA